UUUUUAAAAAGGAAACCCCACACUUGCAAAUCGAGUCCCACGGAGUUCCUUGGCUUCGAAGGAAUGGGGAAGCCGGAACACGUGAAAUAAGCAGAGCUCUCCCUGACGGCUCUUCCCAGCAGAGGCAAAAUGAUUCCUCCAAGCAACGCGACUGAAGUCAGCCUGGAGAGUGUGGAGAAGGAAAACGACACCGAGAGCCCGGAUCAGCCCCCAUCUCCUGCCUCUACCACCAGCCAGGAAUCAAAGCUCCAGAAACUGAAACGAUCACUUUCUUUCAAGACCAAAAGUUUGCGGAGUAAAAGCGCAGACAACUUCUUCCAACGGACAAACAGUGACAUGAAGUUGCAAGUUGACUUGCUAUCAGAAAUCAACCCCAGAACUGGCCAGCCCCCAAACCCCGGAAGUCAGACCUCCACGCCAACCAAAGUCCAUUACCAACAGGAAGGCAGCAAGACUCACGUUUUCCAGGAACACAUCUUCAAAAAACCCACUUUCUGUGAUAUCUGCAACCACAUGAUUGUUGGAACAAAUGCUAAACAUGGACUGCGCUGCAAGGCGUGUAAGCUGAGCAUUCACCACAAAUGCGCUGAGAGCAUUGGACAGCAACGCUGCAUGGGCAAACUGCCCAAAGGUUUUCGCCGUUACUACAGCUCUCCACUACUCAUUCAUGAGCAGUUUGGCUGCAUCAAAGAAGUGAUGCCUAUCGCAUGUGGCAAUAAGGUCGACCCUGUCUACGAAACACUGCGCUUUGGGACUUCCUUGGCCCAGAAAAACAAGAAAGGCAGCACCGGGAGUAGCUCAGGUUCACCAAAGAGGAAUUCAACAUCAGAUUUGGCAGAAGUUCCCGAGGAAGGUGACAGUCUGGGGUGCGUGCUUGACAUAAACAGGAGACGCAGCAAUAGCGUGUUUACAUACUCGGUAAAUGGUACCGCAGACUUUGGAGAUGAACCGAAGAAAAUAAACUCAGUCCUACAGGGAACUCUUAAUAAAGACGCAGUACAGAUGAAUACCUAUGUUGCCUUGUACAAAUUUGUACCACAAGAGAAUGAAGAUUUGGAAAUGAGGCCAGGAGAUAGAAUCACACUUCUGGAAGAUUCGAAUGAAGACUGGUGGAAGGGAAAAAUAGAAGACCGGGUUGGCUUUUUUCCUGCUAAUUUUGUUCAAAGAUUACAAGAUGAAAACGUUUUCAGGUGUAUCAGAACGUUUAUUGGAUGCAAGGAACAGGGCCAGAUAACCCUGAAAGAGAACCAAAUCUGUAUGACUUCAGAGAAGGAACACGACGGCUUUAUCAAAGUAUACAGUGGGAAGAAAAGGGGCUUUGUCCCCACUGAUGUCCUAGAAAACAUCUGAUUUUUGCCUGCUCGUCCACUGCAGUAGCGAAGCUUUGCCAGCCAGGCCCGUCUGCGUCAUCUUGCACUGUGUUAACCCAAACAACGCUGUCUUGCAGACGACCAGGGAAAUCAUGAGACAGCCACUAUGAUCCAUUGAUAUCGGGCGUCAAAGCUGCUCGUGAGCAACGAGAGAUGGUUGAUCGACAACAAACUGUACUAUCAGGAAAGGAGCCUGACAAGGGUGGGAAGCGUGUUAGGAGAAGGGUGGAUUGGUUGUUUGUUUUUUAAAAAGGCAGGUGAAAAGUUAAAUUGGCUGAUUUUUCUGAGUAAGGCUGCUAAGCGUUAUCCUGAUGGAAGCAGACAAGUAAUCUAAAAAGAUGAGAUGUGCACUCUGUUCAUGUGUCUUAAGAAAAUUGUUUGGGACUUUUUUCUUUUUCGAAGUGUGAUUGAAUGGGCAAGGGUUCAGACUUUUUUCCUUGUGCUACUAUGGUUUGAUGCUUGAAAUAUAUAGUGUGAGUCUGGUCCUAAAAUGUUGUCCAUGGUAUUAGGAAAUCAGCGUAAUGUUUGGUUCGGACUUUUAAAGAUUUGUAACAAAGCAGUUCGGGUGAAUCGUGCAGACAUCCAUUUGAGAAAGGUACUGUAGCCUGGACUAAUUUCUCUGUGAUUUUCGGUAUAUGUUUCUGUGGUGAGCUUGUAUGUCCUUUGGAUUCCUUGUAUACAAGCAAAGAUUUCAGUGCACGUUGGAUGUAAACACUGUUAAAACAGCUAAUUAACAAGCGCGGUUUCUCCAGUGUAGGCCUAGUCAGAAGUAGCUACCUGAUCCUUACCAAAAGAAGAAAAAUGCUAGAAGCAUGGAGCUGAGUUGCAGACAUGCUAAAGAAAUUUUCUAUUUUUCUUAUAUUGUUUGAUCAUAUUUUAUACAUAUGUAUAUAGCAUGAACCUGUUUAUAUGGGUAACCAAUUCCAUUUCGCAGUUUAAAACAGAGGAGAUUCUUGUUGAUUAAA